AUGGAAAGUCCCUUGAACACCACUUUGGGUGCCAGGUUGAGUGCAUACUUGGUCACAGCAAAGGAUUUUCAGAGACAAAGACAGAGAGUCAACAAGAGAAUCUCUAAAUUGCGUCAUGAAUUAAACAUUGUCACCAAGGACACCAAAAACUACAAAGCCAAAGAGAAAACAUCAGGAAUCACCCAGGAGCAAUACGAUGAAGAUGACAGAUUUGGGUUGGUGAUCUUAUUACUUGCAGAAAGGGAUAUGCUUUACGCUUUAGAGAUCAAGAGCAUGCUUGAAAUCAAGUCUACAUCACAUGCAACUUUGUUGAAGACAAAGAUGAAGCGUGCAUUGACCCACGCUGACAAAUUAAUUAAACUUUCAUCAUCACCAUCAUCAUCAUCACCAUCAUCAUCACAAAGUGAUGGCAAUGACAACAGCAAGAAAAGACUUAGAAAACAGGUUGAAAUCUACAUUUUUGCAGCUUUGAUCGCGGGCCAGUUGUCGAUUACUACAAAACAGUGGUUAAAAGCGCUUAAUGCGUUUUCAAUAGCAAAAUGCUGUUUGGACUACUUGUACACCGAGGAUUCAGAUAAGGAGUCGUAUAUAAAGACGUUGUGCACUGAAUUGAUUGAAACAUCAGUGGACCCAUCGAUCAACUUGGCGUCUUCUCAGUUGAAGAUUUCAGGAGACUUGAAAACCUUAUCGAGAAAGUAUUGCCAUGAACAAUGCUUUCCACAAUUGAGCCCCGUUUUAGGGUUGAUUGGCGAAAAGUACACCAAGGACAUUGCUUCGUCGAUGCAAUUGCAAAAAGAGGUGGACUGGCGUGGACAUACGGCAGAGAUUUAUAAUGACGAGGUUGCAUUCAAGAUACAAGAGUUGACAAACGAUAAGAAAUGGUUGAAAUACAAUGAUGCCAACCAAUUUGAUGGUGUUAUUGCUUCGUGGAUUUCAAUAUUGGACUUACACAAAAGGGACACAGAGAAGAACCAGGAUGAUGACGAUUUGGAGCAAAAGCAAAGCAGAGCAAUUUUGCUGACUUAUCUUAACUACAAUUUGCUUUUUACAAAGUUGAAGAGAGAUUUGUUAUUAAUUGGUCUGUUGGCAGGAAAGGCCGAGAAUAGCAAAGAUAUCGUAAGGCUUUUUAAUGGUAUUAUUCAGAUAGUAAAAGAGUUGGAGGAUUUGCCCGGUGUAUACAACGAUGAAGAUUUGCAUUAUUCACUUGAGCAUUUGGAACAGUAUUAUGAAUACAAAAAGAAUGUGGUGAUUGCCGAGGCAUAUCAAUUGAGUAGCAGGUUUGCUGAGGCAUUGAAAAUCUUUGAUUAUGUCAACAAGAGUCUCAAUUUCACUCCUGGUGAACAAUAUUUUAAAGUUGAUUUCCCAUUUGACGUUAGCAAAAACACAGAAGUUGCUUUUUUCAAAGUGGAUUUGGAGAAAAGAAUACUCCAAUGUCAAAUUAAUGCGCAAUUUGAGCAGACCAAGGAAGCAGCAUGUACUAAAUAUACUUUGGAAAACCUUAGCAAAUACCCCGCUGGACUCAAUGCCCUUAACGUACGCACUAUCGAGCCAAUCUUGUGCAAACCGGUGCUAUUUGAUAUUGCCUAUAAUUAUAUUUCAUACACAAAGCAACCUGUAACGUCUGUUGGAAAUUCAGCGAAGCAAGUGCAACAAGAACAGCAACAACAGAAGCAGCAGCAAACAGAGAAUACAGAUGCGUCACCAAAAAAGAGUGGAUUUUUUGGAAUCUUUCGUGGUUAA